CCCCACACAUCUGGCUGCUUUGGUUUUUCUCCAAAACUGAACACUGCAAAAGCCUGAGGGGGAAAGUGAAGGGGGAGAAAGAGAAAGAAGAUAUGUGAAGAAAAGGGAGUGGAAAAUAUUAUAAAAGCAAGGACAAGAGAGAGAACGAGGGAGCACGGUCACAUAUAUGGCGCUGUUUCCGUUCUGCAAGACGCCCACAGGACCAGUCAGAGUGGCCAGAAUACAAUUGGUCCUGUACUGUUUUCUCCUGUCUCUUAUCAUAUACUUUCUUAAUGGACGUAAAGCAGCUGUCAGUGUGGAGUCACCUCAUCGUGCCUCUCAUGUCUUGGGAAAGGAGAGAGAAAAAGCAAAGACAGACAUAAUGGUCUUUAAGGAAGCCGCACCACAAACUCCUCUGGAGACACCAUGGGGUGCUCCUUUAGUGUGGGGUGACACCCGUAAGUCAGCUCGGCGCAGGGCUAAAUUCACACAACGGGAAAUCCAUACAGGUCUGCUGGCAUUCGUGGUAGGAACUUACGCCCAGUUCGUACGACGUUUCCUAUCUUCAGCUGAAACUCACUUUCUCCCUGGCCAGAUGGUCACCUACUACAUUCUCACGGACAAUCCCCGCACUCUGGAUCCCCCCAUUGAGCUGGGGCCUGACCGACAUCUGAAAGUGGUUCCUAUUGCAGAGCUCCCUGGGUGGGAAAGGUUGGCACGUCGCCGGAUGGCCCUGCUUACUGAUGCUAUCAAAAACCCAAUCAGCAGCGAGGUGGAAUACAUCUUCUGUGCUGACAUCGAUCAGGAGUUUGUGGCCCCUGUGGGAGAGGAAAUCCUUGGAGACCUGGUGGCCACGUUGCACCCAGAGCUCUAUGGGAUGCCGAGAAAUGCAUUUCCUUACGAAGUCGAAGAGGUGUCAUCCGCAUGCGUGGACGAGGAUGAAGGAGACUACUACUACACCUCUGAGUUGUACGGAGGGUUGGUUUCUGAGAUGUACAGACUGGCCCAAGCCUGUUCUUUGCUCAUUCUGCAGGACCAGGCUAACGGGAUAAUGGCCAGGGGCCUCGAGGAGAGCUACUUGAACCGCUACCUGAUCGACCACAGGCCGACCUGUGUGCUGUCCCCAGAGUACAGCUGGUGGGACUCAGCCCUGGCUCCAGAUGUGCCUGUACAGAGGCUGGUCUCUUUGGGAAGGCAACGUGAGGCUUAAGAUGAGCAGAAAAGAGAAUCAAUUUAAAAUGAAGGACAGGUGGGUUCUGCUGGCCGAACCCAUUGAAGUAUGGAUGUAAAUCUUACUCCCACAUGAAGAACUAUUGUUUAAGUGUGAAAUUUCCUUUUGAAGAAGGUCAAAAAUUAGCAAACAGUGUUAUGACCAGACAGUACAUGAAGGGUGAAGAUGAAGAGAGAGCACAUAUUUCAUCUUAAUUCAAUUCAUAAUUUCGAUCACAUUUUCUGUUCUAUUUUGCCAAUAAAUGUAGCCUGCAAUCACACACACACAAGCAAACUGCACAAUCUGCUCUCAAUUAAAGACCCAUUUAUGUGAACAGCGUCUCUGCCUGCUAUCUCUUCCACAGCAGACAAAAAAGAAAUUGACCUGUCUCUUUAAACGAAGCACUGUGCUCUCCAUUAAUGUCAGCCUCGGAGAUACUGCUCCAGUGGCUUUGUGGUCAGCAGUGAUAAGACUCAACAGUGUAAGUGCACACUUUCCCCGCAGUGGCCAAUCAUUAACUGGAAGAGCUGCUGUUUCAAGGUCUUUAAAUACCAGGUCGGGGGAAAAAUGGAUACAGCGGGAUGCUGUUUCUCCAGGUUACACGUGGAUAGACGCAUACCAUUCAGCAAAAGCCAAAAUAGUUUUGAAAUUGGUGAUUGAGUCAGUAUGUUUUGAUGGAAUUUUCCAUUAAAAACUGUGAUUUUUUCCCCUGUAUGAGUUGGAGUAAACGGUAAACUUAA